AUGUUGGCGAUGAGCGGUUGCGAUGAGCUCAUUACCGAUUUUGAAGAUAGGAUAAUUUUACCUCUGCAAAUUGCUGCUCAGGCAGAUAGCUCACUUUUAUGCCCUCCAAAAGGGAUUUUGCUGUACGGUCCACCAGGUUGUGGUAAAACAUUCCUAGCGAAGGCCGUCUCGGGCCGUUGGAUGCAGGUUUAUAAAUUUGCAAUUGUCCAAUCUAACUGA